AUGAGUCUCCUAAAGGCUGAUCAGGUGCGGAGGGAGCUGUUCGUCGCCUACAGCCAGCAGAUCGCUACGCUCCUUGGUGAGACAGAAGACGGAGAACCCAUUGAGUCGCAUGAGGCUGAUGAGAAUGCGUCUGAGUGUGAUAUGAAAGGAGAGGAUGCGNAGACAGAAGACGGAGAACCCAUUGAGUCGCAUGAGGCUGAUGAGAAUGCGUCUGAGUGUGAUAUGAAAGGAGAGGAUGCGUCACUCCUGUCGAAGCGCUUCCGUGUGUCGUACGCACGGCAGCACCUUCUCCGCCAGCGGGCGUUGCGGCUGCCGGCGAGCGACGGCAAGGCGGGUGGUGCCCACCUCACGUCCUCAACAGCAGACAACGAAACGGCGGCAGGAGCAACAGCAACACCAGAGGAACACGAGGGUGAGCACGUGGUGGAGGAGGAGGGAUGGCGCACGGCGUAUACAGAGCCGUACCCGUCGCUGCAGCGCCUCAUGCGGCGCGUGCAGGAUGAGUCCCUGCAAAUCUUGUUGCGUGAGGCACGCGUUCCAGUGGAAGCCCUCCGUGGCGACGAAUACACGUCGCAGCGCAUGGCCCUCCUGCACCAGAUUGAGGAGCAGAUUGGGAAGGAACGCAUUGCCCUCUUGGCAAAGCAGCAUCCGAUGGAUGGGAAACUACACCAGAUCGAGUAG